AUGGCUGGCUAUGAUUGUGACUCAGCCUUCAAGUGCCAUCCUCGAAUACCUGUAUCGCUCGAAGCAACCCGCUGCCCCGCCCAGUUGGAGUGGUGCGGCGUCGGGUGCGUGCGCGCGUGCACGGGGCGGUGGCUGGUGCUGAGUCUGGACGCCGCCCUCCUGCAUGGCCUCCACGCCCUCAACAAGGGCUAUUGGCCCGUCGUGGCCUCGCUGCUCGACAAGGACACCCUGGCCACCGUCAUGAGUCUGCCCUACGCCACCAAGCCGCUCACGAGAGGUCGUGCGUGGAUUUGCCUGUGCUUGAAUGAGGGUCAGUUGGAGAGCUACCUGCAUGUCUUAACCACUCAUCAGCUCUUACUGGGGUCACACUAUGGAUCCCAGGCGCUGCUGAGGGACCCCCAUAGGACACACCUCCUCCUCAUGCUGGCUGCGGGUCUGGAACACAUUCGAUUUACCAUUCCUGUGGAUAUUCCGGGAUGGCUGGCUUCAGGGGGUAGUAUGAGCAGCUCUUCAGCCACCAGCAUGUCUGUGAGCAGUAUGGGGUCCUCCAUCCCUUCCCCCUCGCAGCAUGAUUUUCCAGACCUUGAUACUACAUGCUCAGAGGCCCUCGAGGAGAGCUGGCAUUCCAUUGAAGGGGAGUUACCUGUCUUUCAAGCUACAUGUGAACAGUUGGACACAUCCAUAGAAAUAGAACACAUAGCCAAGGGCUCUAAGAAGAAGAGGAGGAGCAGGUCAUCAUCACAGAGCUCAUCCAGAGUGUCAUCGGGGGGCACGACGCCCACUGAUGCCAAGAGCACAAACCUUAGCACGACGAAAGUGAAAAAGGAUGAAAGUGGAGAGAUGGGUCACCGGCACAGUACUUCCACUGCGACCUCCAUGACAGGCACACAAACCAGGACAACAUCUACAAUCCCUUGGGACUCCUCCUCGUCUUCCUCUCCAACUAUUACAACUGCGGAAGGGACACCAAAGCAAAACUGUGAUAAUUAUGAUAGGAACAUCAACAACCUCAAUUGUGAGAGCAAGGAAGACAGGCAGGAGAAUGGGUACAAGGAGAAGAACCAACAUGGGGAUGGACUCGCUAACACUCUUGAAAACCGGAAUGUGAACACAACCUGCAACGGGACCGACGAUGGGAUUGAAAGCAAACAGAUGGGGAAUGAGAUGCGAGGGGACGAAGUGACUGUGGUACGACGGGGGAGGCUGCCUAAUGCCAAGAAUGUGGAGAAAAGGGUCUCUUUCACAGACAUUUCUGACCUGGAGCAGCACAAGCCUCAACACAAUCGGCUCAGCCUUUGUGGAUAUUCUGAGAUUCGUGAUCUAGGUGAUCUUCGUGACUUACUUUCCAACUUAAAGGAUCGAGGGCUGCUUCCAACAUCAAUAGCAUUAGAUGAACUCUUUACCAGCCUUGAUCAGUCUACCCCUUCCUUGAGUGAGCGAGCUCCACCAGAGGGCCAGGAGGACCCCCCCCUACACCAGUCCAUCAUCAGCCUAACACCGAGCAAUGCUGAUGAUGAUAGCAACAACAACAACAGCAGCACAGACAUCUCAAGUGACAUGUGGAAGUGUCUCCCGGGGGAAAAGCAGGAGCAGGGGGUGUUAUCAGCAGCAGUGGUGCAGCGAACCAACAUCAUUGAUGGGCUGAGAUGGGAAGAGCUAACCAAGAUGGGACAUGAGCUGCUGGAGAAGGCCACAACAGACCCGAGCAUCCUGGACUGCCAGCCAGUCACUUCCACCAGAGCCUUAUUGAGCCAGGAACAGCUAGCUACAGGGACGAGACCCAAGCAGAAGCAGCUGAUGGCCAUCAGGGCAGAGGCCCAGAUGCAGAGAGAUGGGAUGGGGAGAUUGCAGGUCAGGAGGUCCAAGUCAAUGCUCUCAUCUGAUGAGAGGAGGAGGCUGUACAAAAAGAGUUUUCGUAGGGAUAAGGCUCCCCCAAGCCUGUACAUUCCAGUCAAAGUAGACGGCAAAAAAUUUAGGGAAGAGGAAAGGCGACUUGCCCUGGAGGUUGCUCAGGGGCAGUCGAACCUCGUAACCCCAGGCAGAAUUACGGAUUAUAAGUUAGAUGAAUGGAUUAUGACUCAUGUGCUAGCACUGCCUGAAGAGAAACUUUAUCGGGUGUUUGCUGCUCGAGAGGGUCACAGUAGCGGGCACAGCAUAGGAGUCCAGGUUGUCUUAUCAACACAAACGCUCUACAUACUGGCACCAAGACUGAAGGGUUCCAAACCUCGACAUAUCCUACCUUAUCAUGAUAUUCAUACCAUCAUAGUGGGAGCCAAUGAUCAGUGGGUUUGUGUGUUGAGCAAGGAAGCUGUGCAUGAUGACCUCGCCACCACUGGCAACAACACUGGCAUUCAGUUAGACAUUGGUGACCCUGAUGUUACUCAUGCCAUUGUGAGUUGCCUUGAAUUGGCAAUUAGGAGGCACUUUGCUGCUCUCAAACUAGGAACAGCAUUGAGGAAGGAAGAACAUUACAUUGAUUAUCGAGAUUUAUUCCCACCUGGAAAAUUGAAACUCACACGUUCUAUCACCAGAGAGUGUGAAGACAACUUAUCAAACUCUUUAUUAGAGGAAUCUUUGCUCAGUGCAUGGGACACAAGGAAAAACUCAGCUGAUCACAGUCAUGAAUCCUCUGAAAUAACGCAGGACCUCUCAGCUGCCACUCCGGGAUCGGUCGUCAGUCAGGACUUGAGUGAGGCAAGUCAGGACCUCACUGAGGCUAGUCACGACCUGACUGAAGAGAGUCAUGACCUAACAGAACCCAGCCAUGAUCUUACUGAGGCCAGUCAUGAGUUAAUUGAGGACAAUUCAGACUUAACUGAAGCCAGUCAAGAUAUUUCUGAAGCUAGUCAAGAUAUGACAGAAACAAGUCAGGAUUCCAGUGAGGCCAGUAAUGAUUUGACAGACCCAAGUCCUGAGUCUGUGGACGAGAGUCCAGACAUGACUGAUGCUAGUCAAGCCUCAGUUGAUGCCAGUGAAGAAGAUAUACUUAAUGAAAGCCAAAGUCCAAGAUCAAUGGAAGGAAGCCAACAAUCUUCCUACAUGAGUCAAACACAGUCAAGCAGAACACAGAUACACUCGAAGAUGAUGCAAACAUCUGUGAACACUAGCCAGGAGUCAUACCUGGAGGAGAAUGAAGUACCAGCCAAUAAGAAUGAAGUUGCUGUCUUACAGGAGGAAGAAAAGGAGUCAGAAAAUGGAAACAUCACAGAGAAGGAAGAAGACAAAGUUGAGGAGUUGGAAGAGGAAACCUGUCCUGUGAAUAUCCACCUGGAAAAACAGUAUGGCAUGCCCAUAUACGCAGGUGGUUAUUCACGGUGGAAUGGGACUCUUCAUGACAGAAGUCUGCCUGCAGUAGUGGUCCAUCCAGCCUGGGAACUAGCUGGGCUGAGAAGGUGGUUGAGGGCUCAACUGCGACUACAGAGUGGGCCUGAGGUGGUUGGGUGCUGGAUGGCUGACUGGGAGGAUGGCAGCAGCUUAGGAGGGGAUGCCGUAUCUGGGCCUCUGGGACCUACCAAUGAGGGGCCAUUGAUGUUCAAGCCGCCAGGAAUCCUGUCCUCAUGGAGACCCGCCUAUUUCAUCCUCAAAGCUGGCGUUCUGUACCAGUUUAAUGAUGCUCGCGAGAGACUGCCUCACAUGAUUGUCGAGGUCGUGCAGUGUGUAGGCUGUGUGCGUAUAUCUUCUAGUCACCGGCCUUAUGCCUUCCAGUUACUGAGGAAGAAAGCACCUCCUGUGAUGCUCGCCGCAUCUGACGAACAUGAGGCCUCACUGUGGCUCCAGGCCUUCCUUAUGAUUAUCAACAAUGGGGUCCCAGAUGUGAGUGAACGUAAGCAGGUCUCAUGCAGAGUGAUCCUGCUGGAGUCGGGGGUGUUAUUAGCUCAGCAGUCAGACCUAAUACUGGGUUUGCCGCAAGAUGACGGCUCUUCUUCACAUGACCACCAAAGUGCUCCCGACCCUAGAUCAUCUACGACAAACCUGCAGCAGUCUCAGCAGCAGCCUUUGGGCUCAUCUCCCAGACACUCACAAACAGCUCAAGCACAGUUGGAGAGGAAGGACUCACAGAAGCCCUUGAAUCUGGCCCUGUCCAACCUCAAGGAACGCAAGCAUCUAAGUUCCUCGCUCACGGCCCUCAAUCGCACCAACAGCACCCCCUCAAUGCCUGGUAGUCCCCUAAAGCGUGCAAACAGCACCAACAAAACCUCAACCCCAAAGAAGCUCCAGCACCAAGGAAGCCUGACGAGACUGACAGACUACGGAUCUCAGGAUGUCCAAGCAAGCUCUUCAAGCGUGAGAGAUGAAAAGGAUCCAUCGCCCCAUGUUAAGAAGAACAAGGAAGUGUUGGUGAGGAGCAACUCUGCACCAAGAAGAAUGUUGGACGAGAUUACUCAGGGAAUUCAGGCCAAGGGAGAAGUCAAGGUCCUCACCUACAGUGCCCUGGAACACCUGUCUUCACUGUUCCUGUAUGCAGAGUGUCCAAACACAUGUCUGAUGGAAUUUGAGUGCAGUGAAGCUGGAGAAAUCUCUGGUGACUGGGCUCUCUACUUCCGGACUGGCAGUCAGUUGCAUGAGUUCAUCACUACCUUGUCUCGAACUUGGAGCAGCAUGUUUGAGAUGGAGUUUCCCGUGCGAACUGUAGAGGAUGCGGGAGUGCAGCAGUACCUUCUCGAAGGCUCACAAAUCUCCACAAGUGGAUGGUCCUCUUACCAUUUGUAAAUAUAUCAUGUGGUCUCAUUUCUAGGCAUUACACUUUACUUCAAUAUCCCUUGCUCCCAUCCCCCUUCUUGGUUCCUGUUUCAUGCAUUAGGAUAAGCAUAAAGAAUAUAUAUAUACAUACAAUUUAUUGAGUUGUAAAUGUGCUUUUAAGUAUAUUGUGGAUUAAAUUUGAAUAGUACAACUGCUACAGUUUGUACAGUUACUCUUCCUCAAUAUAUGCAGUAGUUUAUAUGUGAUAUAACAUACCAGAAUUUGCAGUUAUUUUAGGGUUAGUUCCUUGGAAAAGACAGGAAACUGGGUUGAGGCCAUGAGUGCUGAGUUUAUGAGCUUUGUAAAUUAUCUGUUCUCUAGUCACAUUACAAUACUGAGCUUUAAUCUAUCUGUUCAUCUGUAUACCCCCUAUACAAGUAUACAUAGCCUGAGGUACUGCAGAUUCCUGAUAUCAAAGUGAAAGAAGAAAAGGUACUUUUUUUAUAUUUUGGUGUUGAAAUGGAUGCAAGGGCAAGACCUGCCUAUUGGUAAUGUGCCUAUUAUGUCAUACUGUGUUUGCACGAAGAAUUUUAAAGUUCAUUUCCUUUACCUUUAUUUAUGAUUUUACUAUUGUUUGUGCUGUUUUAACAUGUGGAAAUAUUAGAUUGUAUUAGACUAUAUUGGAAGUAUAUGUAAAAUUAGAACAUUUUGUAGUAAGAAAAGUAAAUGGACUUAUAUCUAUGAUAAUGCAUAAGGUAAUGUGUAUGCCUAUAAUUAUGAAUGCCUCCCAUGUGUGUAUACCUAUUUUCAUUUCAUUUUCAUUGGGAUAUGUUAAUAAGGGAACUCAUUAGAUGGCAUCAAAGAUAUAUGAAACUAAAAAUGCCUCAGAGAACUACAGGUGGACUGUCUGAUUAAAGACUUUCCUCUGUUUAAGUGUAGCUUAAGUGAGUAUGGAAGUACCUUUAGAUACCUUAUAAUAGGUACCUUUUUCCUUCUAACGUCAUUCACUCUUCGGAAAACAUGGAGAUGAUUAGAAGCCAGUGGGGAUUUGCAUUGCCCUUGUUCUGUUUUAUCUCCUUUGCCUUUUUGCUUUUCCUUUCUUGUAUUCUUUUCCUUUUUCGAAGACCUCCGUCCUCCACAGACUCAUUCAAGGUGCAGAACCAGGAAAACUUGUGCACUUGUUAAUUGGCAUCAUCAAAGUGUACCAUCAUCUCACGCAAAUAUGUCUUAGGUUUGUAGUUUUUAUACAGAUUAUGCUCGUGAUUGGUAGUUCACACGCAGUCAUUAAUUUCGGCACCAGCUUUAACUAGGAUAUGGCAUUUCGAGAGUGCAUUGCAUAAACACUCAUAAUGGAAGCUUGUUGUUCUACCUAAGUUAUUUUUGUAGUGUUGCUGGAUGUACGUAGGUUACUUAGGGUGUUGUGAUAAAAGUGCGAAGUGGGUAUGUGUGAAGGAGGGUAACGUUUACCAAAAUUAGGAAAUAGUGUUUUGUAAAGGAGAAGGAGCUGCAUUAUUUUAUUUAUAUACUUAUUUUAUAUUAUUAUUAUUAUUAUUUUUUUUUUACUUUUCUGUUGUGUAUUUAGAUGCUGUGAAGAGAUUUGUGGGAUAGGUUUUUCCUUAUUAAUAUAAAACACAAAUUAGCAAAGGAUUCAAAAGAAAAAAGAAAAAAACCCAGAAAAAUGGGAAACCAUGAUGUAAGAAUGCAGUGAUAAAGUAAUGAUAAGUUGUGUUCUUUAUAGUGUAAGAAUUUUGAUACAGAAUGUCUAAAGAAAAUGAAAGGUAUUCUUUAAGGAGAACCUGUCCUUCUGGGCCAUAGGUCUGGGAGGGAAGGUGCAUAUUUGUUCUGACAACUAAUGUGAAUAGAUCUGUGAAUGUGUGAGUGCCUCAGUAAGUUAAUUCCUUUAGCAUUUAUUUUCCACUCUGUUGAAUAUUAUUGAAGUUUUUCAAAGUCAGUGUUUUACUGUUAUUAUUUUGUAAUGUAGAUGAAUACUUGGAAGCUUUCUUUGGAAACAACGGUGCAGCUUCAGCCAUGCUUUUGUUUAAAACAAAGCAACCAACUUGUUGGUAGAAAAUGGAAAGAUGUAAAAUGAAGUCAUUGUUUCAGUCUAUUUGAUUUUUUUUUUCUUUAUUUGUUUGUUGGGAUGGUGAAUUACAAUUUAUCAUUAGCAUUUUUAUCAUUGUUUUUAUUAUUAGUAGUAAUAGCAGUAGAAAUUAAUAAUGAUAAAUUCUGUGGUCAGGAUUAAUUGAAUCUCAUAACAGUACCUUUCUGAGACUGGAAUAUCAGCUGGUUGAACUUAUUUCUUUUUUGCAAUGUCUUGUUUUAUUCUUAUUUGUGUUCAGAUUUAUAGAUAUAUAUUUUUUAGCUACUGUAUAUUUUUUUGAAAUGUGUCCAUAACCUGUUUUGUGUACUUUUUAAAUGAUGUGUGAAAAGUUAUUUAUUUUUGGGACUGUGUGAGACACAUUUUCAUCUUCUAUAUAUAAAACCAAAACUUAUUGUAAAAAAUGCUUUUGUAUGGUAAUUCCAUUUUGCUUCUCAUUUUCUUUCUGAUAUUACGAUCAUCAGCAAAAUAUGAGUUUCUAUAUUAGAUUUCACUUUCAUGUCACUGUCAAGCAAAUUCUGGAUGUAAGCUUUUGUCUCAAUAAACUUGUCAGAGUCAAAAAAGUCAGAUAUCAGAUUGAGCUUGACAGUUAACUACUAUUUUAGUUUAUCUUCCUUGCUCCAUAUCAUCUUAUCUUGAGUCUUUCUUAUAUUUUCUAUCAAUUAUUUGCAGUGAUUCACUUUCCACUUUUUUUAAAUCCUCACUAUUUUUUCUAUGUUCUUUAUAGCUAAUAUGCUAUUUGGCCUGUCAGCAAAACAGAGGGUGGUUCUAGGUUGGGUAUGUGAAAGGGGCUUAUUUUGGCUCUUGGGUUUAUUGCACUUCAAGGAAGUUGAUUGUGAGACCGCUGACUCCCUGGGCGACACCUCUGGUGUUGAGGAUGUUUUCCCUUUUUUAUGCCUGUUUCCACCUGUUGGAGUGUCAGAUUCAUCUGGCUGUAGCAAAGUGGAUGAAUUCACAGGACUUGCUCAAGGGGGAGAUGUAGGUUGACCAGGAGGCAUUGACCAUGGGUCAACUCAGAGUGGAAGUCUGACUGGAAGGUGUAGCUUUGCUUGGCUAGGGACAGAUGUGUGAAGGGCCACCAUCCAGACUUGUUGGCUAUUGUUAACAUGGCCUUUAGUGAUAUCCAUUUUUAUGUGAGUCAGAUGUAUUGUGCUGUCAUGAAUUUAUUGAAAGGAAUGGCAGGUUAAAGAAGGUUUGUAUCUGUAAAUAGACAUUAUGAAAAUAUUUACAUUUUUGUUAUCUUUUGCAAUUUGCUGUUGUGAAGUGUCACUUGCAGGUUUAUUUGUGCUGGAAGCUGUUAAGAUAUCUGAAGUCUAAAGCAUUUUUAUGGAUUUCUAGACAAUUAUUAAGUGUGGUUGACAGAAGACAGGGUUGUAUUACUGAAAGAGAUCCACAAGUCAUUUCCAUUACUGUUAUGAUAUUGAAGUGUGCCAAAUUAUUCCUUUAUGUUGAAAAGAGAUGUUAAAAAAUUUAUUAUAACAUUGAAAAUAUGCAGUUCUAGUGUUAUUUAUUUCAUGGAGAUGUGAAACCACCUUUUUUUUCUUUCUUUCUUUCUCAAAUUGGGUUUUCUUAUAGUGCAAGACAACCUCUUUGUUCUUUGUCUGAUGGGGAAACUGUAAUGGGUAUGCUUGUUAUAUGAGAUGCAAAUAGGCAUGGUUAUUGAUGGAAUGCUCUAUGUGCAGAUUUACAAAAGUACAUACGGUUUUUCAAUUUUGAGUCAAGUACUUAUAUAAAAAGAUAACAAUUCUUUAUGAAUUUUGUAACAACGCUAUUAUUUUGCAUAGCCUUAUCGGAAGUGUGUUAAAGCCUUUGGCAAAGAAGAUGAUAACUUGGGAAAUAUAUAUUAAAUACUAUAUGAACUUAUAGACGAAGGAAGGGACUUUUGGAAUCAAAGCUACUGUCUUUAUACAUACAAUGCUACCUAUGUGUCACUGAUAUCUUUUCAUAUAAUCCAGUGUUACUAUAACUUUUGUAAUAAAUUGUCUUUUUUUUUUUUUUUUUUUAUACAAUGUAAAUUCAGCUGCUCUCUUUUAUGGAGGAUUCUUUUUGCAAAUUGUUGCUGCAUUUCUUAUUUAUUCGUAUUUAUUUGUAAGGUGCAUAUAUUCUCUCUACUUUAUACUGAAAAAUCUAGAAUAUCAAACGUGUUAUAAUGCAAAUACUGCCUUUUUAAUCUACCUUUAUUUUCAUUUACUAUUGUUAUUGUUCUUUUUGAUGAAUUAAAGUUCAUAACAAGUUCCUAGUGGAACUUCUUCUAGAAUUUGCCUAAAUGGAAUUCUAAGACCCUGAAUGAAAGUUACAAGUUCAUUGAUGUUAUUUUUAGUGAAUGUCGAACCACUUUCAAGUAAAGGUACACUCUGCAUGUAUAGGUCGUGUUGGAUCAUAUAUGUGUAUUGGAUGUCCUUUUGUACUCUUUGGAGAAUGUAGGGUUAUUUCUAGAUUUUUUCUUUCUUUUUUGUUGGAUUCUGUGGGAUGAUUAUGUAUUUUGAUUUGUAGGUGCUACACUUUAGAAUAUUUGAUUUUAUUUAUAUAAUUAUAGUAUG